GCGGCCCACGGGCCUCUGGGCGCGGGCGCGGGCGGUGCCGCCGGCGGCUACUUCGAGACUCCUUUUAGUUUUGGCAUGAAUCAUAGGACACCACCCUACCCCGCUGGGGAUUAUUGUCUUCUAUGCAGAAGUGAACGGAAAGACUCUUCAUUCUUAGAGAGUGGAGUUAAGACUGCGAGCAAAUUGGCCCUUUCCAUGGCUCCCAAGGGCAACAGCGUGCUGCACCUGCCGCUGUGGGUAUGCCCAGACUGCCGGAGGACUGUGGAGAAGGAAGAGAGGCACAGCGGUCUUGACCAGCCGGGCCAAGAUUUUCUCCUUCACUCAUCACUUGGGGGUUCCCAGCCAGAGACCAGUGGUGCUGGGAGACUGGCCCUAGGCACACAGACCAUGACUUCAUCAGGGCUAGGCACCACACCCUCAGAUGCCUGUUCAUGUGAGGCCUGCAGUGAACGCAGAGACAUCUCAGCAGAGACAGACCGGGAACCACAGCAACUGCAAAACUAUUGGUCAGAAGUACGCUACAUGGUCCGAUGCAUAUACCGCCAGGCAGGGACCCCGCUGGCAGAAGACCAGGACCAGUCUCUGGUUCCCGACAAAGAGGGAGUAAAGGAGCUCGUGGAUAGGCUCUGUGAGCGGGAUCCCUAUCAGCUCUACCAGAGGUUGGAGCAACAAGCCCGGGAAUAUGUGCUAGAAAUGAAGGUUCGUCUGCUCCGGCAGCUGUCUGCUGCAGCAAAGGCCAAGGCACCAUCCGGCUUGCAAGGCCCACCACAAGCACACCACUUUGUCUCCCUACUCCUGGAAGAGUAUGGUGCCCUCUGUCAGGCUGCACGAUCCAUCAGUACCUUUCUUGGCACUCUGGAAAAUGAACAUUUGAAAAAGUUCCAGGUGACAUGGGAACUGCAUAACAAACAUCUGUUUGAAAAUCUGGUCUUUUCAGAGCCACUACUCCAGAGCAACUUGCCAGCACUGGUGUCUCAGAUCAGGCUAGGAACCACUACACAUGACACCUGCAAUGAAGACAUGUACAGCACCUUGCUGCAGAGGUACCAGCGCUCUGAGGAAGAGUUGCGUAAAGUUGCUGAGGAGUGGCUGGAAUGUCAGAAGAGGAUCGAUGCCUAUGUGGAUGAGCAGAUGACAAUGAAAACCAAACAGCGCAUGUUGACAGAAGACUGGGAGAUUUUUAAGCAAAGGAGAUUAAUUGAAGAGCAGUUAACUAAUAAGAAAGUGGUUACUGGCGAGAACAACUUCACAGAUACCAGGAGGCACAUGUUGUCAUCUCGGUUGAGCAUGCCGGACUGCCCCAACUGCAACUACAGGCGAAGAUGUGCUUGUGAUGACUGCAGCCUCUCACACAUCCUCACUUGUGGUAUCAUGGACACCCCCGUCACUGAUGACAUCCACAUUCACCAGCUACCACUCCAAGUGGAUUCUGCUCCCGACUAUCUGUCUGAGAUGCGCCCACCUAGUGUGUCAUCAGCAAGCUCAGGGUCAGGUUCCAGCUCUCCCAUCACAAUUCAGCAACAUCCCAGACUCAUCCUCACAGACAAUGGCUCUGCACCAACUUUUUGUAGUGAUGAUGAAGAUGUCGCACCAUUGUCAGCUAAGUUUGCUGACAUUUAUCCGUUGACCAACUAUGAUGAUACCAAUGUGGUGGCCAACAUGAAUGGAAUCCACAGCGAACUGAAUGGUGGUGGGGAAAACAUGGCCCUGAAAGAUGAGUCCCCUCAGGUAAGCAGCACCAGCCGUAGUUCUUCAGAAGCUGAUGAUGAAGAUGCUGAUGCUGAGAGUAGUGGUGAGCCCCCAGGAGCUCCCAAACAAGAGGAGGCCAUAGGGAAUGGUAACCCCAGGACAGAGGAGAGUAAAGUGAACACUCCACCUCCAUCCUACCCAGCUCAGCAGGCAGAACAAACACCAAACACUUGUGAAUGCCACGUUUGUAAACAAGAAGCUUCUGGGCUACCAGCAUCAGCAAUGACUGCUGGAGCCCUGCCUCCUGGCCAUCAGUUCCUGAGCCCAGAAAAACCAACACAUCCUGCGCUUCACCUGUACCCCCACAUCCACGGACAUGUGCCCUUGCAUACUGUUCCACACUUGCCACGACCGCUCAUCCAUCCCACCUUGUAUCCAGCACCCCCCUUCACACACAGUAAGGCUUUACCGCCAGCACCUGUUCAGAGUCACACAAAUAAGCCUCAGGCAUUCAAUGCAUCUCUUCAAGACCAUAUUUACCCGAGCUGUUUUGGGAACACUCCAGACUGGAAUAGUUCUAAAUUUAUAAGUCUUUGGGAAUCAGAAAUGAUGAAUGAUAAGAACUGGAACCCUGGCACUUUCUUGCCAGAUACAAUUUCUGGAAGUGAUAUAUUAGGGCCAGUGCUCUCAGAAACAAGACCUGAAGCCCUUCCACCUCCACCCAGCAAUGAGGCUCCUGCAGUUUCAGAUAUCAAAGAAAAGAAAAAUGCUGCAAAAAAGAAGUGUUUGUAUAAUUUCCAAGAUGCUUUUAUGGAAGCAAAUGAAGUUGCCAUGGCAAACACAGUUGCCAUGGCUACCUCCUCAGCCACAUCCUCUGUGUCAUGCACAGCCACCACGGUGCAGUCUAGCAGCAGUCAGUUCAAGGUGUCAUCCAGAAGGCCGCCUUCCAUAGGUGAUGUUUUUCAUGGCCUCAACAAGGAAGAUCACAGACAUUCAGCACCUGCUGCUCCAAGGAACAGCCCCACAGGCCUAGCCCCACUCCCAGCCUUGUCUCCUUCUGCGCUCUCUCCAGCCUCCACACCUCACCUUCCAAACCUUGCUGCCCCAUCAUUCCCCAAAACUGCAACCACAGCCCCUGGGUUCGUGGAUACACGCAAGAGCUUCUGUCCUACCCCUGUGGCACCCCCACCCUCCACAACAGAUGGCUCCAUAAGUGCCCCUCCCAGUGUCUGCAGUGACCCUGACUGUGAAGGGCACCGCUGCGAGAAUGGUGUCUAUGACCCGCAGCAGGAUGAUGGGGAUGAGAGUGCAGAUGAGGACAGCUGCUCUGAGCACAGCUCUAGCACCUCAACUUCCACCAACCAGAAGGAGGGCAAGUACUGUGACUGCUGCUACUGUGAGUUCUUUGGACAUGGCGGGCCUCCAGCUGCACCAACAAGUAGAAAUUAUGCAGAAAUGAGGGAAAAGCUUCGUUUACGGCUGACUAAGAGGAAGGAAGAACAACCCAAGAAAAUGGAGCAGAUCUCAGAACGGGAGGGUGUUGUUGACCAUCGGAGAGUGGAGGAUUUGUUACAGUUUAUAAACAGCUCAGAGGCCAAGCCAGUUAGUAGUAGUCGGGCAGCCAAACGAGCGAGACACAAGCAGAGGAAGCUGGAAGAGAAGGCACGCCUAGAAGCUGAGGCCAGGGCACGGGAGCAUCUGCAUCAUCAGGAGGAGCAAAAGCAGCGGGAGGAGGAGGAGGAAGAAGAGGAGGAGGAUGAGGAACAGCGUUUCAAGGAGGAAUUUCAGCGGCUUCAGGAGCUUCAGAAGUUAAGAGCUGCAAAAAAGAAGAAAAAGGAUCGACCAAGUAAAGACUGUUCCAAGUUGGACAUGCUUGCUAGAAAUUUCCAGGCAGCAACAGAGCCUAUCUCUAACUCUGAAAACAUCCACAAUGGCUCAUUAGAACAAACCGAAGAACCAGAAACCUCAUCUCACUCCCCUUCCAGACACAUGAACCACUCAGAGCCCAGGCCAGGCCCUGGAGCCAAUGGGGAUGCUACAGACCCUGUGGACCCCAGAGACUCCAAGCUUCUGCUACCCAAGGAAGUCAAUGAGCAGCACGAGCCUCUUGCAUUUCUCUUGGACAUGAUGCAUCAUCACAAAGAGGGAAAUGGCAAGCAAAAGUUAAAGCAAACCAGCAAGACCAGCAGUGAGCCAGCCAGGAAGCCCACAGAACCUCCUAAAACCACAGAGGUACAGCUCAAACCCCGGGCCCAGCCAGAGUUGAAGCCUAAAGUAGUUGACCUUGCUCUCCUCACAGAGCAGAAGAGGGAGGAGAGGAAAACCAACAGCAACAACAACAACAAAAAGCAGCUGAGCCACAUCAAAGAGGAGAAGCUGAGCGCUGUCACUCCUGAGCCACCCUCCCCCAGCCAGCACCUGCAGAAUGGCAGGCUGAUUCUGGCCAGUUCUCCUCAGCCCAAGGGCAAGAAUAAGAAAAAUAAAAAGAAGAAAGGAGACAGAACCAGCAGUUCAAUUGAUGAUGUUUUUCUGCCUAAAGACAUCGACCUGGACAGUGUGGAUAUGGAUGAGACCGAGCGGGAGGUGGAGUAUUUCAAAAGGUAACAUAAGGCCUGCUUGUCAGGACUUCCUGUCUGCCAAGCUUAUCUGGUUUGCCUAUUCUUGUGAUCCUCCUGUGACAUUUCUGUCACCCUAUAUGAUCCACCCUGACCCACGUCAUGCCCCCCAUAUCCCUGCCCUCGUGUACACAGUUCAUCUUCACUCACUUCUUUCAGUGUCCAUGUGCUCAAAGAGCAGUUGAAAGUGGUGAUUCUCCUGGUGGGCCUGAAUCAACAGCCUCUUAAGAUCUGCUUCUUCUGUUUCUAGCCACCUGUGUUCUUGGUAGCCUAACAGAUGACUUUCGUGCACAUGGGGGAU